CCCUGCCUCCCUCCCUCCCUCCAUCCCUCCGCCGCCGCGCUCCCCGGCCGCCCCGCCGCACCCAUGAAGGCCGGCGCAGGUCGCUGAGCCCCCCCCCGCCAGCGCUGCCGCCCCGGACAUCGGCGGGGCCCCGCGCAGUUCCCUCGCGCCCAGAACCCGCGGCACCACGGCAAUGUCUCUGCCGGGGAGCAGACGCUCGUCCACUGGAUCGCGAAGUCGCGGGGUUUAUGGACGGAGUGGCUUUGCCUCCUUCUUUAAGUCUUCAGCGCCCUCAGCCACUCGGCCUGAGACACAGCCUCUUCUCCCUGCCUCCAGGCGCCCCUCGCCCCCCGGGAGGGACACCUACGGCACCUCCUCGCUGAGCAGCAGCAGCAAUUCUGGCUCCUGCAAGGGCAGCGACAGCAGCCCCACCCCAAGGCGCUCGGCCAAGUACAACCUCUGCAGCGACAACCAUGGGAUAAAGCCGCCGACGCCGGAGCAGUACCUGACACCCCUGCAGCAGAAGGAGGUCUGCAUCAGGCACCUGAAAGCUCGCCUGAAGGACACGCAGGAGCGGCUGCAGGAUAGGGAUGCUGAGAUCGAGGACCUGAAGACGCAGCUGUCACGGAUGCAGGAGGACUGGAUCGAGGAGGAGUGCCACCGCGUGGAGGCCCAGCUAGCGCUGAAGGAGGCCCGCAAGGAGAUCAAGCAGCUGAAGCAGGUCAUCGACACGGUGAAGAACAACCUGCUGGAGAAGGACAAGGGGCUCCAGAAGUAUUUCGUGGACAUCAACAUCCAGAACAAGAAGCUGGAGACGCUGCUGCACAGCAUGGAGGUGGCGCAGAAUGGGGCGCUGAAGGAGGAGGGGGCCGGCGAGUCGGCUGGGGGGUCCCCGGCCCGUUCCCUCACCCGCAGCUCCACCUACACCAAGCUGAGCGACCAGGGGGCCGGGGACCGCAACGUGGGGGGCUCGCAGACCAUCUCGCUGGACGAGGGGGCCGACAGCGGCUUCGUGGGGGCAGAGGAGGCUCCUGGCCAUACGGACCCGUUGGAGGGGGGGGCCGAGCCCGGUGCCCGCCUGCCCCCCAGCUCCACCUAUGAGAAGCUGCUGGGGCUGCGGGGCAGCGUGGAGGCCGGGGUGCAGGCCAGCUGCAUGCAGGAGCGGGCCAUCCAGACGGACUUCGUGCCCUGCCAGCCCGACCUGGACACCAUCCUGGAGAAGGUGAUAAAGUCCCAGGCUUGCAGCUUAGGCAGCCCCACCUCGGCUUGGGUCUCCGAAAUGGAAGACAUGAUGCCCGGCCCCGAGCUCUCCAACCCUGCUGGAGCCAUGGACCUGCUGGCGGCCGAGCCCGACGCCGCGACAGCGGGUGCCGGUGCCGAGGUGGGUGCCUCCUGCAACCCGCCGGUGCGACAGCCCGUCAGCGCCAGCCCCUCCGUGGCCAUCGCCUGCAUGGCAGAGGAGGAGAUGACAGAGGUGACCGGCUGCGAGGCCGCUCCCUCCAAGAGCUACUGGAGCCGCCACUUCAUCGUGGAUCUGCUGGCGGUGGUGGUGCCGGCGGUGCCCACGGUAGCCUGGCUGUGCCGCUCGCAGCGCCGGCAGGGCCAGCCCAUCUACAACAUCAGCUCGCUGCUGCGGGGCUGCUGCACCGUGGCCCUCCACUCCAUCCGCAGGAUGGGCUGUCGCCCCGUCACCAGCCCCGGCCCCGGGGGUAGCGCCCAGCCCUGACAGCCCCCCGACACCCCCGCCUGCCCCCACGGACCCGACCGCUGAUUGUAAAGCCCCGGCAUCCUUCUUUGGCUCCGGCUCGUUACGCAGCCCCAGGGCGUGGGAAGGGGCCGGGGGGGUGGGGGGGGUCUGUGGGUGCAUCAGGGUGUGCUGUGCCCCCCCACACCCUGCCCCCCCCACCUCCUUUGUCCUGCCGGAGGGAAAGGAUCGGUGCUGGAAGGGAGGUGCCAAGCAGCAAUGUGGGACCUGGCAGCAAGCAUCACACUGCGACCCCCUGCCUGAUGGACGCCGCUGCCCGGCUGCUGCUGCUGUGCCUCUGGCUGCUGGGGGGCUACGAGGCUGCACCCCCACCGGGUGGGCUUUCCUUUCAUUGCACUCGCUUUCCGGUUGUCCUUGCCGUGCCCCGAAGCCACCCCUGCCACUGGCGGGCAGCGGCAGGGAGAGCCAGGGGCCACAGCAGGACGCCCUGGAUGUGUUUCUUGCUCCAGGUGCAGGUUGCACUGUGACAGCAAUGCCUGGCCACGGGCAGGAGGAUGGGGGGAACCCACCCAGACAUGGGGACGGGCUCUGGACUGGGGUGGGAGCCAGUGGGAGCCUGUGGGGCACCUUCACCCUGGCCCGCUGAUCCACUUUGGUGUCCGUCCUCCUCCCUCCAGUAGGAUGGUGCCCUGGCCAGGCCCUGCUCAGCCCCUCUUCAAGCCACCCAUCGCUUGGGAGAUGCCUCCCCGCACCGGAACGGAACUGGGCUGUGGCUCCUAUGCCACUGCACGAGGCCGAGCGGCCCCGGAGGAAGCCUUGGACCCUCCCUCCCUUUGCUUUGCACUAUAUUCACUUUUUUUUUUUUUUUGGUACAGACUGAAGCCCUGUUGUUGCGGGGGGCCGAGGCAGAGGCAAGCGGGUGGGGGAAGCCCCAGCCCUGGCUGUGGCUGCCAUGGAGCGGGACUGGGGCCUCUUGCGGUUCCAGCAGCAGCGAUGCCGGUGAUCCUGGCCUGGGCUGGAGCUCGGGGAUGCCUUUACUGGGAGGCAGCGAGGGGGUGCGGGCAAGGCUGUGCAGGCAGAGCUGAGCGUCUUUGCCUGUCCCAGUCCAGCUGAAUCCUCGCUUUGUUGGUGGCCUCCGGAAAAAAAAAAAACGCCUUUUUUUUUUUUUCUUUGAAAAGCAAAGACAGCAAUGAUUGCUCAGCGGGGGCUGGCGAAGCGCAAGACUUGGGGCUCCCCCGAGCACACGGCGCUCCCACCCCACGAAUGUCUGUGGCUUCUUCGUGACUUGAACUACCGGUGUUUCCCCACCACCAUCCCACUCCACCAGCCCCUGGGUGCUGCCGACCGGGCGCCCUGGGAGUUGGCGACGCUCCACGCACCGGCAUCCAGCAGACCCCACAGGGGCAUGUGCCAUGUCCCGCAUACCCCGUGCUUCCCCGCAUCCCCCAUCCGGCAGCUGGGGCACGGGGCAGCGGCUCUGCCCGCGCUGGGGGGUGGCGGAGGCAGCGGCAGGCGCUGGCACAGCACCGGGUGCCGGGUGAAGUAUUUGGGCAGAAACGGUGGCAAGGCAGCCAGGGCGGCCGAUGGAAGUGGAGCUAGGAUAUACGCCUCUUGUGCAAUGUAUUUGUGGAUCUGUGUACACGUCUGUUAGACUAUCCAAAGCUUUGCCAAGAAAUAAAUGUAACGAUUAUAUUUGAAAGACAAAUCUAUAUAAUAUAUUUUUUAAAUACAGAACUGAAAAAGCUGUAACCCCCCUUUUCUUGUUUCCCCUGUCCUGUACUCGCUGUCUGUGGUGGAUGUAAUAAACGUCGCUGGGUCUGUG